AUGGCCCACUGGAAAGAGGAGUACUCCGCCGCGCUGGCGGCUCGUGAUCGACGAGAGAAAGCCAGCAUAGCUAUUUACGAUGCUUACACCCAACUGGCCGAUCGCACGGUUCAGGGAGCAGCGGCUAGCAACCCACCGAGCUCAGAUCCGGUUGAAGCACAGCAUGUACCAUCCGACACUUCAGCAUCCCGCUCCAGCAAGGCGCUAUCAGGAGCAGGAGCACAAGACCUAUCUCUACAAGAGACUCUCCUAGCAACACGUGCAGACCUCGCCGAGGCGCAGCGGUCACGCUCCGAACUGCAGGACCAGCUCACACGCAUGACCGCUGACUUGGAGAAGCUGCGGAAGAGAAGCACUCAAGAUAGCAGACGGAUUCGCUUAUUUGAAAAUGAGACCGCCCAUCUCCAACUACGCUUAAAGGAUCGAGAUGAGGAGUUGCGUGGGAAGGCAAAGUUAUUGGAGGAUUUCCAAGACGAGCUGGCAUCGUUGAACCUUCAACUGAAUAUGGCUGAAGAGCGGUCAUCCCGGCUGCAAAAGGAGAAUCAAGAUCUUGUUGAUCGCUGGAUGGCUAGAAUGGGUAAGGAAGCAGAAGCCUUGAACGAAGCCUCUAAGUUCUCAUAG